AUGCAGGGCGCCGCGCAGUCUCUGAGAGCCAGGAAAGAUGCCGAAAAGAAGGCGGCUAAGGAAAGAGCUGUUUUGGAGGCAAAUUUCAGACCUCCUACUCCUCCCGAGGCCAGCCUUGAGGUCGUCGUCGGUGCCGAGGCGACUGAUGAAGCUCGGGAUAUGACUUCAAUCGUGCUCGAGGUGGCCGGGCAUAUCUCCCCUUCGACCGAUGUCCCCGAGGUGGUAGGGGCUCUGGUUAUUGCUGCUCCAGCCGCCGUGGCGAAAUCCAAAACUAGGGGAAAAAGACCCCGAGGUGACGGCUCGGGAGUUUCCAGGAAGGAGAAUAGGAGUCGUAGUGAAACUCCAGUGUACAAGGACAAGAUCGCGUCGGCGAAUUUUGUCGCUUCUUGCUCGGGUCCACCACUGCCUGCUCCCGAGGCCUUGUUGGAGGCUCAAAACUACCGCGAAACCGCUGCGGGAUUCCUGAAGGCUUUUAAUUCGAUGAACAGCAUGGUUCGAGCCUACGACUCUUCGAACCAGAAAUACGAGACUUCCCAAGCCGAGGCGGAGGUCAGGAUUGCUGAGGCCGAUGCCAUGAUAGUCGAGGCGGAUGCCAAGAGUGCCGAGGCUGAGGCCAAGAUUGCCGAGGCGGCGACCAAGAUUGCCGAGGCGGCGACCAAGAUUGCCGAGGUUGAUGAGGCCAGGCGGAAAGCCGAAGCGUUGGCCAAAGCAGAGAAGGUCGAGCGAUUGAAGACGGCCGAGGAUGGUCUUCGCCUUCGUCGGAAGUUGGAGGCUGAAGUCGAACGCUUGAACCGACUAUUCACCGAGGAGAAGUCUCUUCGGGAGAAGGAAGUAGGUCGGGAGAGGAAAGCGGCUAAGAAGGAGUUCGCCAAGAAGAUUGAGGCGAUAGAGGCGAAGAUGGACCUGUACGGGAAGGCGUCCGAGCGCUACAUGUUCCUGGUCCAGGCUAGGGCUAAUGCCGAAUUGAUUGCCGAUCUUGAAGGCGGCAAAAACGUCGAAGAUGAGAAGGAGGAAGUGCUCCAGUGGAAAGCGGAGUACGGAGAUGCCGAGGAAGAGUUCGUGCAGAUUGGAACCGAGCUGCGAGAGGAUCUGAGGCUUCCUCCGGCUUCUCCAGAUUCUGUUGAAGAUAAUUUCGUAAUCAGAUCAAUCGAGGGAGUUACCGCGGGGAUUGGCAUUACGGAUCAGGCGGGCACAUUUCUGCAGCCCAUGGCAGCGCAUGUCGAGGAGCGAGACGAAUAA